CAGAUCGAUCGGGAUGCCGCCGCAGAGGGGAAGAACAGCCCUCGAACCCGCUGGAAGCGGGCCGUGUUCCUAGUCAACCGACUCAAGGACGGGAACGACAUGCUCUCACCCUCGCAGACAGGCUCCCAGGACUCGCACUACGAUGGCGACGCUGUCCGGAAGCAUCUCGAGACGCAGCAUUGGCUCGAACUCAUUGACGGGCAAGAACAUAGAUAUGGAUCAAAUCGAUUGAACUACCUCGUCAGCAUCGACAACACCGGGAAACUCCGCUGGGCCCGAAACGGUCAACUCGUCGACACAACAGCUGGCCGAUGGAAGGACGCCGGCGAUGGGAGAGGCAUCGUGCCUCUUGACGACCCAAGUCCUUCUCCGGCUGAUCCGCGGCACAGUUUUGUCGCAUCUCCUCCAGAUUCGCGAUCGAGUUCAAGCAGUGGGGUUUCUGGGGACGAAGUGGAUGCAGUGAUGCACUAUGUGGGGAUUAAACAACAGUCAAAGAACCCCAUCAAACGCCUAUUUCUGCGGAACUUCACGCCUCGAGGCUUAUUGGAGAGACUCUUGAGGAAAACAGUGAGGCGAAAUACCUGGAUAUACGUUUCCGUGCGUAAUGCAAGCGCGAUUGAUCUUGAGAUACUGACUGGAUCAGGGUAUGAUUCACACGUUGUCACCACUGUCAGGGCACUAUCGCAUCUUCAUCGAUUCAUCUCUGUUCUAGAGGAGCGAGGAGUGGACAUGGACAAGGUGGAGACCAGCAAAGCUGAACUGGCGCUAUGGGGGUCGGUCCCGCAUCAUUCUCCUUGGAAAAAACUGCUAAAUAUAUCCACUUCAGCAUUGAGCGCAUAG